AUGAGGCUACAUACGGAGAAUAGGGAGAUUGAGCUUAGAGAGGUUAUGUUCGGUCUUCUCAAGGGGAAGACGCUAAUGCCGGAUCAGUAUGGUGAUCCAAGUUUUAUGAGAGACCUGAAUCGUUUCAUUGGUGAUUAUGCCAAUAAGGUAACCUACAGGACCCAGUUCCUCGAGGGGAAUGUUGAGCCUGUUCCUCCUAAUGUCGCUGCUACCGAUGCACCUGUUCCUGUUGUUGGUGAUAUGAACGCUGUUGUUGUCGGAGCCGAGGGUUCGGUAAGUAACCCUACUGAAGCUUAUGAUCAUAUGCGUCAAUAUGAUGGUAUGGAUAUGAGUGUGAAUGAACAGGCUCCUGGAGGUUUUAAUGAUCAUGUUCAUCAUCAAGAACCAUUUCAAUAUCAAACUCCCACUAACUUUUAUGAUCAGACUCAGCCUAUGUUUUAUGGUUCGAGCCAGGGUAAGGAUAUAAAUCAUGAAGAACCAUUUCAAUACCAAAGUCCUGCUAACUUUGAUGACCAGACUCAGCCUAUGUUCUAUGGUUCGAGCCAGGAUAUGUAUACAGGUUUGAAUCAUGAUCAGGGACAGAGUUCGAAUCAGUAUCCAAAUUCAAACCAAUCGUUCAUGAGUCUUUUGAUGGGACAACCUCAUCAGAUGAGUGAUGUUCAAGAGCCUGCAAGAGUUGCUUCCAUGGGUGACAACAAUAAUGGCUAUCACCAACUACCAGUCACCGGUUAG